CUGUGCUAUAUAAGGCCCGCUGCCCGGGCGGCAGGACAGGAGAAAGCUUGGACCCCCUCCGCUGCCAAGUCGUGCUCAGGACCUGGUCACUGGAUCUGAGAAACUUCCCAGGGAAUGUUCUAGAGACAGCUGCCUCUGUGAAGCACUCUUGCCCAUCUCCUGCCACGUCUCCACAGGACCUGAGAGGAAGAUGGGGGGAACCAAAGCCUGGAUGUUAUCCUUCCUGGUCCUGGAAGUCACCUCGGUGUUGGGGAGGCAGAUGAUGCUCAAUCCGUUGGUGAGAAGAAUCCAGCCUGGAAAGAGGACCUCCAACACCUUUGUCAAGCCUGCUGAGCCCCCAGAGAGUCCUGGUGAGUGGACAGCGUGGUUUAACAUCGACCACCCAGGCGGGAAGGGUGACUAUGAGCGCCUGGACGCCAUUCGCUUCUACUACGGGGACCGAGUGUGUGCCCGGCCCCUCCGGCUGGAGGCCCGGACCACUGACUGGAUGCCUGCAGGCAGCAAUGGCCAAGUGGUCCAUGGCAAUCCCCGAGAGGGCUUCUGGUGCCUCAACCAGGAACAGAGGCCUGGCCAGAACUGCUCCAAUUACACUGUGCGCUUCCUCUGUCCACCAGGGUCCCUGCGUGGAGACGUGGAGCGCAUCUGGAGCCCUUGGUCUCCCUGGAGCAAGUGCUCAGCGGCUUGUGGUCACACCGGAGUCCAGACCCGCACACGCACCUGCCUGGCAGAGACCGUGUCAAUGUGCACUGAGGCCACAGAAGAGGGCCAGCUCUGCGUGAGCCAGGCCUGCAGAGCAUGUGACCUGACCUGCUCCAUGGGGCAGGCGAAUGCUGACUGUGAUGCCUGCAUGUGCCAGGAUUUCAUGCUUCAUGGGGUUAUCUCCCUCCCUGGGGGGGCCCCUACCUCAGGGGCUACCGUCUACCUGCUGACCAAGACACCCAAGAUGCUCACCCGGACAGACAGUGAUGGCAGGUUCCAAGUCCCCGGCUUGUGUCCAGAUGGCAAAAGCCUCCUGAAGGUCACCAAGGUCAAGUUUGCCCCUAUUGUGCUCACCAUGCCAAAGACCAGCCUGAAGACAGCCACUGUCAACGCAGAAUUCACCAGGGCAGAGACUCCCUACAUUGUGAUGAACCCUGCGAGCAAAGCACGGAGAGCCGGGCAGAGUGUUUCCCUGUGCUGCAAGGCCACGGGCAAGCCCAGUCCAGACAAGUACUUCUGGUAUCACAAUGACACGCUACUGGAUCCCUCCCUCUACAAGCACGAGAGCAAGCUGGUACUGAGAGGUCUGCAGCAGGACCAGGCUGGGGAGUACUUUUGUAAGGCACAGAGUGAUGCUGGGGCUGCAAAGUCCCACGUUGCUCAGCUCACGGUCAUAGCACCUGAUGAGCCUCCUUGCAACCCAAUCCCUGAGAGCUACCUCAUCCGGCUGCCCCAUGACUGCUUCCAGAAUGCCACCAACUCCUUCUACUACGAUGUGGGCCGCUGUCCUGUGAAGACGUGUGCGGGGCAUCAGGAUAACGGCAUCCGGUGUCGGGAUGCAGUGGAGAACUGCUGUGGCAUCUCCAGAAUGGAAGAGCGGGAGAUCCAGUGCCAUGGGUACACACUGCCCACCAAGGUGGCCACGGAGUGCAGCUGCCAACGGUGUGCAGAGACCCGGAGCAUCGUGAGGGGCCGGGUCAGUGCUGCGGACAAUGGCGAGCCCAUGCGCUUUGGCCACGUGUACCUGGGGGGCCAUCGUGUGAGCAUGACGGGCUACAAGGGCACCUUCACCCUCCAUGUCCCCCAAGACACGGAGAGGCUGGUGCUCACGUUCGUCGACAGGUUGCAGAAGUUUGUCAAUACGACCAAAGUGCUCCCCUUCAACCGGAAGGGGAGUGCUGUAUUCCAUGAAAUCAAGAUGCUUCGCCGGAAGGAACCCAUCACUUUGGAUGCGAUGGAGACCAACAUCAUCCCCCUGGGAGAGGUGGUGGGCGAAGACCCCGUGGCUGAACUGGAAAUCCCAUCGGGGGCUUUCUACCGACAGAACGGGGAGCCCUAUACGGGCAAAGUGCAGGCCAGCGUGACCUUCCUGGACCCCAGGAAUAUUUCCACAGCCACAGCUGCCCAGAGCGAUCUGAACUUUGUCACGGAUGAAGGGGACACGCUGCCCCUUCGUACAUACGGCAUGUUCUCCGUGGACUUCAGAGAUGAGAUCACAGCUGAGUCACUUAAUGCUGGCAAAGUCAAGGUGCACCUGGACUCCACCCAGGUCAAGAUGCCGCAGCACGUGCCCACCAUGAAACUGUGGUCGCUCAACCCAGACACGGGGCUGUGGGAGGAGGAAGGGGAUUUCAAAUUUGAAAGCCAAAGGAGGCACAAAAGGGAAGAGAGAACUUUCUUGGUGGGCAACAUGGAGAUACGUGAGAGACGCCUCUUUAACCUGGACGUCCCAGAAAGCCGAAGAUGCUUCAUUAAAGUGAGAGCCUAUCGGAGUGAGAGGUUCUUGCCCAGUGAGCAAAUUCAGGGUGUCGUCGUCUCCGUGAUCAAUCUGGAGCCCCAAACUGGCUUCUCAUCCAACCCCAGGGCCUGGGGUCGCUUUGACAGUGUCAUUACAGGCCCCAAUGGAGCCUGUCUGCCUGCCUUCUGUGAUGACCAAACCCCAGAUGCUUAUUCUGCCUAUGUCCUGGCAAGCCUGGCUGGGGAGGAACUAGAAGCAGUGGAAUCUUCUCCUAAAUUCAACCCCAACGCGAUCGGUGUCCCUCAGCCCUACCUUCACAAGCUCAAGUACCGCCGGACGGACCACGAAGAUCCAAGGGUUAAAAAGACAGCUUUCCAGAUCAGCAUGGCGAAGCCAAGGCCCAACUCUGCUGAGGAGAGCAAUGGACCCAUCUAUGCCUUUGAGAACCUCCGGGCCUGUGAAGAGGCACCCCCUAGUGCAGCCCACUUCCGCUUCUACCAGAUCGAGGGAGAUCGGUAUGAUUAUAACACCGUCCCUUUCAAUGAAGAUGACCCCAUGAGCUGGACUGAAGACUAUCUGGCAUGGUGGCCCAAGCCAAUGGAAUUCAGGGCGUGCUAUAUCAAGGUGAAGAUUGUAGGACCCCUGGAGGUGAAUGUCCGAUCUCGAAACAUGGGGGGCACCCACCGGCAGACAGUAGGGAAGCUGUAUGGAAUCCGAGAUGUGAAGAGUACAAGAGACAGGGACCAGCCGAAUGUCUCAUCCGCCUGUCUAGAGUUCAAGUGUAGUGGGAUGCUCUAUGACCAGGACCGUGUGGACCGCACACUGGUCAAGGUCAUUCCCCAGGGCAGCUGCCGUCGAGCCAGUGUGAACUCCAUGCUGCAUGAGUACCUGGUCAACCAUCUUCCAUUGGCGGUCAACAAUGACACCAGUGAAUACACCAUGCUGGCACCCCUGGAUCCACUGGGCCAUAACUAUGGCAUCUAUACCGUCACCGAUCAGGACCCUCGCGUGGCCAAGGAGAUUGCACUUGGCCGGUGUUUCGAUGGCACGUCUGAUGGCUCCUCCAGAAUCAUGAAGAGCAACGUGGGCGUGGCCCUCACCUUUAACUGUGUGGAGAGGCAGGUGGGCCGCCAGAGUGCCUUUCAGUACCUCCAGCCCCCGGCUGCAGGCACCAGCCAAGGAAGAGUGCCCUCUUCCAGGAGGCAACAGCGGGCAAGCAGGGGUGGCCAGCGCCGGCGAGGAGGGGUGUCUUCCCUGAGAUUUUCUGGAGUUGCUCAGCAGCCUCUGAACAACUAAGCAUUGUGGUUUCUUCAUCCUCCUCAUGCCCCCACCCCCACCCCACCUCAUGUGAGAUUGAUGGACAGCGCCUUAAUUUAAACUCAUC